AUGCAUCAGACACGCAGACAAGGCAAUUUUGAAAAACCGAUCGCCGGUAUGCUACCAAGAUUUCUAUCUUUGCCACAGCUAGCUGCUAGAUAUGGUUCACGUUACUCUUCUCAUGCUGCUGGAUCUUAUAAAUCGAAUACAAUCCAUGAUAUGCACAAUGCAUACCUGAAGGGCGUUCCAUUGACCAUGUGUACUGCCCACGAUUACAUUACAGCCAACUGGGUUCAUGAAGCGAGUUGUGACAUGCUUUUGGUGGGUGAUUCCUUGUCGAUGACGUCGCUCGGUUACGACUCUACCACUGAUUUACCCUUCGAUGAGUUCAAAUACCAUGUACGAUCUGUCUGUCGGGCUCACGGCCCUUCCAUGGUCGUAGUAGAUAUGCCUUUUGGCAGUUUUGAAGCCAGUACCGAACAGGGUCUAUCGAAUGCUAUUGAAGUGAUGAAGCUGAGCAGCAAAGUGACCUCUUUGAAACUGGAGGUGGGUCUACACACUAGGGACAGUUAUACAAUCAACCUCAUAAAAGAGAUCUGCUCUAGAGGUAUUCCAGUUAUGGGACAUAUAGGUCUCACCCCUCAAAAGGCUCAUUCCUUGGGUGGGUUCAAAGUACAAGGCAACAAGACAUUGAAUGGGAUGGUAGAACUACAAGAGACUGCUCUUUUGUUACAGGAAGCAGGCUGUUGGUCUUUGCUGAUUGAGUGCGUCCCGCAUAAACUUGCUCAACAUUUGACCUCUCGACUUUCGAUUCCGACUAUUGGAAUUGGUGCUGGAAAUGGGACCAGCGGACAAGUGCUUGUGGUAAGCGAUCUUUUAGGAAUGAAGCAAGGAAGUGUCCCAAAAUUUGUGAAGCAGUACUCUCAUUUAUGCACAAGUGCUGUGGAAGGCAUCAGAUCAUACAAUUCAGAUGUACAAGAGGGAAGGUUUCCUGAUAAGGACAUUCAUACCUUUAAGAUCAAGGACGAUCUGUGGAAGAGCUUUAUAGAGAAGUCCAAACAACUUUGA